AUCGUCACAAGCCAGAUCAGAGGCAUCGAUAGCAUCCUUGAUGAAGAAUACUUCACAGACAACAAUAUCUCCGCCUGCCUAUCUUUUCUUUGCUCUCAAAUGAAUGCUGCUCUCUUUGAAGCCACCCAAAGCAAGACGAUACCAAGCAUCUCUCAUUUCUCUCGCCCUACAUUGGGAAAAUAUUUCCCCCACUCUGUAUAAACACCUUCUGAGAGACGGGUUGUUAUGCCUUCCUUCAAUUCGUUACUUGCGAAGAAUCUGCUCAUCGGUGAGCUUGGUAACAACUGGGUUACCCGAAACCACUCGAACUUAUCUCAGUGCCAGAUUUGAAGCACUAUCGGAUCGUGAGAAAAUCCUGGCUAUUCUGUUUGAUGAGGUGUAUGCCUCCCAAAAGGUCGAGUACCACCAAGGAAAGCUUCUGGGACUUGAAAAUGGGGACCCUACAAAAACAUUGCUCUGCUUCAUGGUUAAAUCAGUGGCAGGAAGUUUUCAUGAUGUGGUGGCCAUGGUCCCAGUGUCUAAGAAGAUUAGUGCUCAGGUCAUAGAAAAAUGGUAUCUCAAAGUAUUGAAGCUCGUUACAGAGCUAGGAUUUGACGUAGUGGCCACCAUCUCAGAUGCUCACUCGGCCAACCGAAAGUGUUUUGCUGACAUAUCAGGCGGAGAAAUGAUGGAAAGCAUUGCUAACCCAUUCAAGGAGGAGUCAAAAAUAUUCUUAAUGUUUGACUCGGUGCAUCUAUUCAAGAACAUUUAUAACAAUCUAGUGAACAAGAAGACCUUCCAGUGCCCACCAUUUGAUGGUAUUCCAAUGUCUGCCUCUUUUCAUCAUUUGCGAGAGCUGUAUCACCAGGAGUGUGCCAAUGCUGUGCGGUAUGCCUACAAGCUUUCAGAUAAAGUCUUGGGACCCAAGUCGAUUGAAGAGACCAAUGUCUUAUUGGCCGAUUCCUGUUUCCACGACUCAACCAUUCAAGCGCUCAAGUACUUUUCAAGACAUGGCAGAGAUCAUUGGAAAGAAACAGCGAAUUUUCUGGAGCUUAUCAGAGGAUUUUGGAAUCGUGUCAAUGUUAAAGACACUUAUGCUCAUGUGCGAUUAAGGGACGAUCGACGAAAGCCAAUAGAUUUUGAAAAUCAAGAUUCUCUGAACUUUCUCUCGGAAUUUGCGACGUGGAUUCGAGACUGGAAGGAUUCAAAACUGCCCGGCCUGACCAAGGAAACAUUUUUUGCAUUGAGUAAGACUGUGACAUCGCUCAUCGCCUUAUCACGAUAUCUCUUGUCAACAAGAAGGCUCUCGUAUGUUUUACCUGGCAAAAUCAAUUCCGACCCGCUAGAACGGCGGUUUUCAUGGUAUCGACAAUUAUCGGGUGGGAACUUCUUUUUAUCGGUGAGGCAGUUUCUUGAAGCGGAAAAGAAGAUACGAGUCGAGUCCCUGGUGAAGUAUUCUGGUUUGGAUCUGGUGGAUGUCCAAUGCGCACUUCAAACCGAUGCUACCAAUGGAGAGGAGAUUAAAGAGAGUGUCCGGAUUUUACUGGCUGCCCUUCCUGCAGAACCUAUUUCGUCCACAGACUUCAAGGAACAAGAGGGUAUAAUUUUCUACGUAGCUGGGUUUAUAUCAAGGUGCCUUUUGAAGGUUAAGAAGUGUGAAGAUUUUUAUGAAUUGGUUAUUCAAUCCCAAGGCCCGCCCUCCAUCCAGUUUGAAGAUGUCUUUGACAAUUGCUUAAGUGAUUUUAAAUUGGCUAGCAAGGAAUUCACCGAUCAAGUCAACCGAGGAGGCCUCAUGACACCAUCCGAUCUCAUCCAUAUGACCUGCCUCUGCUGUCUUCAAUUACAAUGCUUGAUUUUUGAUGACAAAGAAACCGAACAAUUAUUUUUGUCCAUGAGUGACCACAGGAUAGUUUUUGUUGAAGUUUUCAUGACUCGUGCCAUGGAAUGUCCUGUUGUGUUGUCGUGUUUAAACCAUUUUUGCAACCAAGGCCAUUGUUUCCUUGAUUUUAUCCCUAUGGUUGGGGAAAAGUUCUUUAAUGUUAUGAUAAAAAACAAGGUUACCAUGCUGAACGAUAAUAUUCACCUGGCUCGAAAAAGAUCAGGAAAAGCCUCUUCCAACAGAAGAAAAGUGGCAAAAUUAACAUCAAUGUGAGCAAUGCUGAUUGGUUUUCCUUAUUGUGCCCUACUAGCAAUAAAGCUUCAGUUUUUUUUUUUAAAUUU